AUGGAUAAAGAAGACACAAUAAUAGAAACUAUUCGAGAAUCCAUAAAAGUUAUCAGAUUCAACAGGCCCCAUAAGAAAAACUCUAUUGAUAAAAGCAUGUAUCUUCGGUUGACAAAAAUCCUUAACGAGGCAGCUGCCAAUGAUAGCAUUAGUAUGGUAGUGCUUACUGGCACGGGUGACUUUUAUAGCAGUGGCAAUUAUAUUACGGCCGAAAUUGAUGAUUCCUGGCUCAACAUAAUACGGAAUUUUAUUGAGUCAUUUAUAAAAUUUCCAAAGUUACUUAUUGCCAUCGUCAACGGACCAGCAAUUGGGAUUGCCGCUACUACUUUGGCGCUUUGUGAUUUGGUUUUUGCGUCCGAGAAUGCUUAUUUUUACACGCCAUUCUCGAAAUUGUAUAUGACUGCAGAAGGUGCAUCUACAUUCACUUUUCCGAGGUUAAUGGGCCAAAGAAAGGCGACUGAAAUGUUACUUUUUGAUCACAAAAUGUCAGCGAAAGAAGGGCUAGAAUAUGGAUUCAUCAAUCGUGUCUACAAACCGGAAGAAUUACAAAGUAAAUCUUGGGACAAGAUCAUGGAGAUAUCAAAACUACCUGCUCAUUCAAUACUCGCCACUAAAAACUUGUUAAGGAGAGCGUAUUAUGACGAUCUGCUGAAAACAAACGAAGUUGAAAUAGAAGCGUUGAAAAGAAUUGCGUAUCAAAUAAAGAGUAACUUAUAA